CUAAAUUGAUCUUUAAUGAUUUUUGUGUCGAAUAAACUAUAUUUUGAUAAAAAGAAAUUGUCAAAUUAAUUCUUAAUAUUUUAGAAUACUAGACAAAUUAAUCCCUUGACAUAAUAAUUUUGGUGAACAAACACAUUUUGAAUUAUCACCCCAUGGCUGAGCUGCGCAAAAAUGUAGUCUUGAGGCUUUGAGAAAGAACAACGGCUUCAAACAGUUGGGCCUGCUUGGCUUUUGAGAAUUCAGCAAAUUUCGGCACAAAGAGAGUGAUCUUUGCAAAGGGUUUCAAGCUGAAUUGCUUGGUUGAUAAAGUGAUGGCUCCAUCUUUGGUGAAUGAUGCAGUGGAUUGUUUUGCUAAAGGGGAAAUUUUGGACCCUAAUAUCUCAAUAUUGGUUAUGAAUUUUGAGAAUGAAUCUGAUCCUUUUGGAGCAAUCAGUAAUCCGCUCUAUCAGACUACUACUUUUAAGCAGCCUAACGCAAUAGAAAAUGGUCCCUAUGAUUAUACCAGAAGUGAAAAAUCCCACUCGAGAUGCUUUAAAAAGUUGCUUUGGUUUUACCCGCUAUGUAUCUGUAGCAUGGUUCUAAGCAUCAUCUGGUAUAAUGACAUUGCCAAGUUUGGGUAUACUGCAAUGAGACGAUCCAAGUUCACAGGAGAGAAAGACUCAAGUCGAAGCAAUUCUCUAACUUCACAAAAUGAUGUAAAAAGGCCAACUUCACAAAAUUAAUUAAUAAACUGUAAGAACUGAUUUGA